UCGCCGUCACCGGAACCCCAGCUCAGCCAUGCCGAUGUUCAAAACUCCGUUCAACGGCUACUCCGUCAAAUUUAGCCCUUUCUACGAGCAACGUCUCGCCGUCGCCACCUCUCAGAACUUCGGUAUCCUUGGUAAUGGACGGAUUCACGUUAUCGACCUUUCUCCAGCCGGACCUAUCGCCGAAAUCGCCGCCUACGAUACCGCUGAUGGUGUCUAUGACGUUUCGUGGUCUGAAUCUCAUGAUUCUCUCCUAAUCGCUGCCGUCGCUGAUGGUUCUGUGAAGCUAUACGAUCUCUCUCUCCCACCUACUUCCAAUCCAGUUCGAUCCCUCGCCGAACACACCCGCGAAACGCACUCAGUUGACUACAACGCCGUCCGGCGAGACUCGUUUUUAUCAUCCUCAUGGGAUGAUACCAUCAAGCUCUGGACGAUCGAUAGACCUACAUCCGUUCGUACGUUUAAAGAACACGCUUAUUGUGUGUACUCCGCCGCGUGGAAUCCUCGUCACGCUGAUGUUUUCGCGUCGGCUUCCGGCGAUUGCACUGCCCGGAUAUGGGAUGUGCGUGAGCCGGGAUCGACCAUGAUACUCCCAGCUCACGAGUUUGAAAUAUUGUCGUGUGAUUGGAGUAAGUAUGAUGAUGCAGUGAUUGCUACUUCAUCUGUUGAUAAAUCGAUUAAGGUUUGGGAUGUGAGGAAUUACAGAAUUCCUGUUGCGGUAUUGAAUGGCCAUGGAUAUGCAGUUAGAAAAGUGAAGUUUUCACCGCAUAGAGCAAGUUUGAUUGCUUCCUGUUCAUAUGAUAUGACUGUUUGUUUAUGGGAUUAUAUGGUGGAGGAUUCGUUAAUUGGGCGUUAUGAUCAUCAUACAGAGUUUGCUGUAGGGGUGGAUAUGAGUGUGCUUGUUGAAGGAUUGUUGGCCAGUACCGGAUGGGAUGAACUUGUUUAUGUUUGGCAACAUGGGACAGAUCCAAGAGCGCCUUAAUAUCGAAGGGGGUGAUCUUUGAUCUCUUACUCUUUUUUUUGUUUUUGUUUUUGUUUCAGUUACUGUGAUUUAUGUUAGAAUUCAAGGGUUUCUUGUUAAUUUAAGUGAAAAUGAUGAUUAGCAUGAUUCUAUACUUGUUUUUGUGGAAUACAUUGGCUGUUGUCUGUCGUUGAAUGAUCAAUGAUAUGCAUCAGAUG